AUGAAGAUGGGGAGAGGCGCCGGCCGCGCUCUGCUGCUCGCCCUGGCGGUUGUCCUCGCGGCGCACGCCACGCCGGCGUCGGCUGCCCCCAAGUCUUACUUGGUGAUGGCGUGCCAACGGCCGGCCUCUUGGUCCGAUCUGCUCACCCCAAUCACCAGCCAGUUCCGGAUAUUCUACAUCUUCGACGCCAUCAAGGGGAUCGCAUUGCAGAUCGACAGCGUUUUCGUGCCAGCCCUCAAACUGCUCCCAGGGAUGGCCGUGAUCGAGGACAAGCUUUACCAGGUUAAAACGACGCACUCGUGGGGUUUCCUCGGGCUCGAGGGGUCAUACGGCGAGGAAGGUGUAUCGCCAAUAUCUGCAAGCUUCAGGGACGACGGCACCUUGCCCAAACCGGCGAACUGGACCGGCGGAUGCCAACAGGGCUACUCCGGCUGCAACAACAAGCUGAUCGGCGCGAGGGUUUUCAAUGAGGGCAUCAAGUUACUGAGCGACACCGGGCUAAACGACACCGAGGUGAACUCGCCAUGGGACUACGAGGGGCACGGCUCACACACGCUGUCUACGGCUGGCGGAGGCUUUGUGCCCAAUGUCGGCGCCUUGGGUCAUGGGAUGGGCACGACAAAGGGUGGCUCGCCGCGGGCGCAUGUGGCCUCAUACAAGGCGUGCUUCAAGGAAGGGUGCUCCAGCCUGGACAUCCUUAGGGCCAUACUCACAGCGGUGGAGGACGGAGUGCAUGUGCUCUCGCUCUCCGUCGGCUCCCACGCCUCCGACUAUGCCACCGACACCAUUGCGAUAGGAACGGCCUAUGCUGUCACCCAGUUGGUCGUCGUCGUCGCGGCAGGUGGCAAUGAUGGCCCCCCGGCAGGCUCGAUCAGCAAUGUGGCUCCGUGGAUGCUCACCGUGGGCGCGAGCACCAUGGAUAGAAUCUUCCCCGCCGAUGUCGUCAUCGGUGCCAAGACUAUCACGGGACAAAGUCUAUCAAGCAGCACCGACCAGCCAUAUGCGAUGAUCAGCGGGGAGAAGGCCAAUGCUGCAGGCCAAUCUGCCGCCAACUCGUCGUUGUGCAUGCCUGGCUCCUUGGACCCUGCCAAGGUGAGGGGGAAGAUAGUGGUGUGCACCAGAGGAUCCAACGGCCGAGUGGCCAAGGGGGAGGUGGUGAAGGACGCCGGCGGCGUCGGCAUGGUCCUCUGCAACGCCGCCGCCAGCGGGGACGACGUCAGCGCCGACCCGCACAUAAUCCCGGCGGCUCAUUGCUCCUACUCCCAGUGCAUAGACAUCUUCAAGUACCUCCAGUCUGAUGCAUCACCGGUGGGUGAGAUCAAGACGAGGGACGCAGAGGUGGGUGUGAAGCCAUCGCCGGUGAUGGCAGCCUUCUCAUCCCGUGGGCCCAACACCAUCACCCCUCGGAUCCUCAAGCCCGACAUCAUCGCGCCAGGCGUGAACGUGAUCGCCGCGUACAGCCAGGAGGUCUCGCCGACGGGCCUGGCUUCCGACAGCCGCCGUGUCGCCUACAUGGUAGAGUCCGUCACCUCCAUGUCGUGUCCGCACGUGGCCGGCAUCGCCGGCCUGCUCAGGGCGAAGCACCCGAAAUGGAACCCAAACAUGGUCUAUUCCGCCAUCAUGACCACCGCCAACAGGGGAGGCAACGACGGUGUCGGGGUCCGGGAUGAGACGAGCAGGGCCGCCACGCCGUUCAGCUACGGCUCGGGCCACAUGAACCCGGCCAGGGCCCUGGACCCGGGCCUGGUGUACGACACCACGACGCACGACUACCUCAACUUCAUCUGCUCCAUGAGGCCCACCAACACCCAGGGCCUCCUCCCGGUCUCCCUCCCGCUCCCGCUCGAGGAACUUUGGACCGUGCUCAGCUGUGUGUUCCGUGGCACCGACUCCAACCCGUUCAAGUGCAGCAAGGACGACAACCACCCCAAGGACCUCAACUAUCCGUCCAUCUCCGCGCCCUGCCUGCCCUCCUCUGGCAGCUUCACCGUGAAGCGUAGGGUGAGGAAUGUGGGCGGCGGGGCGGCGUCGUACACCGUCAGCAUCACGCAGCCACCCGGGGUGAUGGUCACUGUGAACCCCAGCACGCUGAGCUUUGACGGUGAGAAUCCAGAGGAGGAGAAACAUUUCAAGGUGACGUUUCAAGUCCACGACCCCGUCGAGGCUGCCAACCACGUGUUCGGCGGCAUCGAGUGGUCGGACGGGAAGAAUCAUCACGUUUGGAGCCCCAUCGUGGCCACCACCAAAUGCGGCUAG